AUGUUCUCUAGCAUCUUCUUCAUCUGCUGGCGAAUCGGCCAAUUGAUCACUCUGAUACCGCCAAUUGGCAUGCUCUCGUGGUUUAUCGAUGGCUUCGUCAAGGCAAACAUCAUCACCCCGACAUAUAUCCUUGUCCUCUUCAUCGUCAGUGUCCUAGGCGGCGUCUGGGUCCUCGAAACCCUCUUCCGCUUCAAAAACACAAAACGCUCAGCCAUCUUUGUCUCGUUUGUCGACCUCUGCUUCUUUGGCUCCUUGAUCGCUGGUGUCUACCUCCUCCGUGACAUCGCCAACGAGAACUGCAAUAACUUCUCACGCAGCAAGUUCCUCCUUAGCCUGGGACCCUUUGGGUACUACGGGCAGCAACAGGGUAACCCGCUGGCCAAUGACCCUAACAAAGUAUGCUCCAUGCUAAAGGCCUCUUUCGCCUUCGGCAUCAUCAACAUCAUCUCGUUCUUCUGGACCGCCGUGUUCGCAUACUUCAUCUCCCACCAUGAAGAGCACCACGAGAAGCGAUCGCGCAGAGGAAGCCACUCUAGCCGACGAAGCAGCCACCACAGACAUCGAAGCAGCUCUGGAAGACGGAACUCGUACCAUGUCUAG